AUGUCUUCUAAACCUACAAACCAGUCCUCCCCUGAAUUCACAUCUUACUACCUCCAACGGGCCACACAAGAGCUCUCAGAGGAUCUCGACAAGGUUCGCAACGCUGAAGAUUUCAAGGCCGAUUCGAUCCCGUUUCUUGUCCACGCUCUGCAGCAGGGCGCUGACCUUUUCUCGUCCGAGGAUCAGAACAGAGUGAUAGCUGAACCAAAACGCAAGGAAGAGAAUGCGUAA